AUGGAGAAUUCAAGUGAUGUAAUAGACACGGUCAGUGGUAAUGGAGGAGGAGACUCAAGAAAUGACACCACAGCUUCCACUUCAUCUGCUUCUUCUUCUCCGAGAGCAGUAGCUUCUGGGUAUGGAUUGUUUGGUCGCCAAGACUCACUUCACCAGUUUAUGGGUGGUGGCAAAGCUGCUGAUGUACUACUGUGGAAGUGGUGGCAUGUUUCUUUUGGUGUCAUUAUUGUUGCAACAGUAUCAUGGUUCAUAUUUGAGCGGUCUGGAUUACCAUUCUUGACAAUUUGUGCUGAUGUCUUGCUGAUCUUGAUUGUAUUGUUGUUUGUCCGUGCCAACUUAGCUGUUUCGAUAAACAAACAACUUCAAUCGUUACCAGAGUUAGUUUUGUCAGAGGAAAUGGUUAACAGUGCUGCAGCAUCAUUUCGUGUGAAAAUUAAUAAUGUUCUUCUUAUGGCUCAUGACAUCACUCUUGGCAAAGAUUUUAGACUCUUUUUCAAGGUGGUGGUCUGUCUUUGGCUCCUUUCUGCUGUUGGUAGUUACUUCUCUUUCUUUACUCUGGCUUAUAUAGGGACCAUCUUAUCCAUUACAAUUCCUGCCCUGUAUAGCCGAUAUAAAGAGCUCGUGGAUAGAUAUUGUGGGAUGAUCCAUAGUAAACUAUCACAUCACUAUAAGAUAGUGGAUGAAAGUGUAAUUAGUAGAAUCCCGCAGAGUUUAUCCAAGGACAAAGAUUCAUGA